UUCGCCGCUGCCAUUUUUAUUGUUAUGGUGGAUUGGGAGCUGUCUUCACAGUUCUGGAAAAAUCUUUAGCUGGUUUAAGAAUCUAAUCUUUAUUUUUGCAGUGUGUAUUUCAACAUUUUUUUCGAGAAAGCGUUGAAAACUAAGAGUCAACAUGGCGCAGUACAAAGGAGCCGCGAGCGAGGCCGGCAGAGCGAUGCAGCUGAUGAAGAAACGAGAGAAAGAAAGGGAGCAGCUUGAGCAACUGAAGCAGAAGAUUGCAGAGGACAACAUGGUCAAGUCCAACAUUGAUAAGAAAUUCUCGGCUCAUUACGAUGCUGUGGAGGCCGAAUUGAAGUCCAGCACUGUUGGUUUGGUGACCCUAAAUGACAUGAAGGCCAAGCAGGAAGCGCUUGUAAAGGAGAGAGAGAAACAGCUGGCCAAGAAGGAGCAGUCCAAAGAACUCCAGCUCAAGCUUGAGAAGCAGAAAGAGAAGAAGAGAAAGGAGGAACAGAAGAGAAAAAUAGCUAGUUUAUCGUUCAAUCCUGAGGAUGAGGAUGAAGAGGAUGAAGAGGAUUCUGCAGAGGAAGAGCUGGACUUUUCUCCAGUUAAGAAGAAAAAGUUGGGCAAGAAUCCAGACGUGGACACCAGUUUCCUUCCUGAUCGAGACCGAGAGGAGGAGGAAAACCGUCUCAGGGAGGAGCUCAGGCAGGAGUGGGAGCUGAAACAGGAGAAAAUAAAGAAUGAGGAGAUUGAGAUUACGUUCAGUUACUGGGAUGGCUCUGGACAUCGGAAAACUGUCAAGAUGAAGAAGGGUAACACCAUCCAGAACUUUCUGCAAAGGGCCCUGGAAGUGCUCAGGAAGGACUUCAGUGAGCUCAGGUCUGCUGGAGUGGAGCAGCUAAUGUACAUCAAAGAGGAUCUGAUAAUCCCACAUCACCACAGUUUUUAUGACUUCAUCGUGACCAAAGCCAGGGGAAAAUCUGGCCCUCUGUUUAGCUUUGACGUCCAUGAUGAUAUCCGACUGGUGAACGACGCCACUGUGGAGAAAGAUGAGUCUCAUGCAGGUAAAGUGGUGCUGAGGAGUUGGUACGAGAAGAACAAGCACAUCUUUCCUGCAAGUCGCUGGGAGCCAUAUGAUCCUGAGAAGAAAUGGGAUAAAUAUACAAUUCGGUGAUCGUCUCAUUCAAGGUCUGGAAUCCUUCAUGGAAACGUUGUCAAUUAAUUUCUCCUUUACUUUACUUUUAUAUUUAAUUCUUUUUUCUUUGUUACAGGAUUGGAAAAAGAGUUGGAGGAUUUUACUUUGUCUUUUGUGCUGAUUCUUCCCACAUGUUCAUUAUUUGCCUCCCAUGUACACAGUCUCACAUUACCAUGUAAAUACCAAACAUCUGUGCGUAAUAAAAGCUGGAUUUGUU